UCGUUGUGAUUCCGAAAUUUAAGUGAGGGGCGGUUAGUCUAACGUUAAAUCGUUUUAGACUUAUUAAAAAGGGAAGUAACUAUUUAGGAUAUUUUUCUCGAAACAUCUGCCAUGAACGGGUCAGUGGCGAGAAAGACCCAAGAAACGCUGGGUAAAGUGAUCAAAAAGCCUCCACUCACAGAGAAACUGCUCAGUAGACCACCGUUCCGAUACCUGCACGACAUAUUCAGUGAGGUGAUCCGGACCACUGGAUUCAUGAGGGGCCUGUAUGUGGAAGCGGAGAUGAAAUCGGACAAUGUGAAGGAUAAAGAAGCGAAGAUCGCAUUCCUCCAGAAGGCGAUUGACGUGGUGGUACUGGUGAGCGGGGAGCCUCUCUCGGUGAAGCCGGCACGCAUCGUGGCAGGACACGAGCCUGAAAAAACCAACGAGCUUCUCCAAGCCAUCGGCAAGUGCUGCCUCAACAAGCUGUCCAGUGAAGAGGCAGUGCGACAGGUCCUGGCGGGGGACAAGCCCGACCUCAAGGGGAAGCCCACCUCCACCAAAUCCCAGGACAAGGAGAACCGGGGGAACCGAGAUCGUCAGAGGAGCCAGGAGGAGAAGAUGGAGAUCAAAGAUGGUGGCACCAGUCGGGACCGGAAGGAUCAGGAGCGGCCGAAGGAGCAGGAGGGCAGGAGAGCUGAGAAGGACCAGCACAGGGAGGGCGGGAAAGCGGAGAGGGAAGGCCACAGGGAGCGGGGGAGGGCAGAGAAGGAGGGGCAUAGGGAGGGGGGGAGGGCAGAGAAAAGCCGUGAGCACGAGCGGGCGAAAGACCGUGAGAGAGAAAAGGACAAGAGCCGUGACAGGGACAAGGCCAAGGAGCGAGACCCACACCGAGAGCGAGAGCGAGACCGGGAGAAACGCAGAGACGGAGGCAAAGAGGCGGACAAGGAGAGGGAGGCAGGGCAGGAACCGAAGGAAACCGAAAAACAAGAUGAGAAGCCCAGGGACAAGGAGGAGACGCGGAAUGGGCGACCAGCGGGACAGCCUCUCAGUGCCCAAGCAGAGCCAGAGCAGCUAGAGAGUCCCACCCGAGCACCCCGACCCUCAUCCGCCAAGGGACAGAGGAGAAGGCCCAAACCGGGAGACUCGGACAGCGAUGGGGAGGCUGACCCCCCUGCAGCGGGGAAAUCUGUCCCCCUGGAGAACGGUGGAGACACAACAGAUGCCGUCCUGUCACACACCACUCAUAGUAACAGGAGGGUGCCCCGUCCCAACAGCGCCCGUCCCGCACCACCCCGAGUCAGGAGGCAGGAGAGCCGUCCCGAAGUUACGCCUGCAGAGAGACUGGGCAGUGCCAAGCCGUCCUCUUCCUCAGCUCUGAUUGUGGAGGGGAGCAAACUCUCCGACAACGAGGAGGACGAGGAGCAGUUUGUUGUGGAGGAGGUGGCAGUGCAUCCUCCAGACAUGCCAGAGCUGGAGCUGGAGCCUUCAGUGGAACUACGAGAUGGCGAGAAACAUGGUGGGCUGGUACAAAAAAUCCUGGAAACCAAGAAAGACUAUGAGACGUCACCGUUGUCGCAAUCAUCGUUUAAAGACGCGGAGCAGGCGGUGGUGUCGGAAGCGUCCCGGAGGAAGGAGCGGGACCUGGUCUCCAGGGAGAUGGAGAGGCUGCGUUCCUCCAUCCAGACGGUGUGCCGCAGCGCGCUGCCCCUGGGCAAGAUCAUGGACUACAUCCAGGAGGACAUGGACUCCAUGCAGAAGGAGCUGGAGACGUGGCGGCGCGAGAACCAGGAGCAUGCGCAGGCCCUGCUGCAGGAGCAGAGGAUAACAGAUAACGCAGUGGAGCCGCUGAAAGCGGAGCUGGCGGAACUGGAGCAGCUGAUCCUGGACCAGCAGGACAAGAUCUGUGCCGUAAAGUCCAGCAUCCUCCGCAACGAGGACAAGAUCCAAAAGAUGAUGUCCAGCAUCAACUUCUCCUCCCGUGUGUAAGGGACACACACAGAGAUGGCAGCCACAGCGACCGCACUAACCACGAGAGGACAGCCCAGUGCCGAGGCACCAUUUAAAAUGGUGUCCCUCUAAACACCGAGCUUCCUUUGGCUCUGCGUCCGGAUGUGCCCCAGGGUCACUGGAGUGAGCGUUGUCACCUGCGCCGUGCCCUUUUGUUAAAGCAUGAGUAUGGCUGCAGCUGCCUUCCCACUGUCCCACCCCAGCCUCUGUGACAGGUUAAGGAGAGUUUCCAUGGUUUCCUCAUGAUGCCACUGGCCCAGUGCUCUUAUAUCACCCCAUUGGCCUUUCAGCUCUGCACAUUAUAAAGCCCAGAUACGCCUGAUGGGAAAUGGAUACAUCCUUGGCAUGUGCAACCAAGCACUUACCCUAGGUUUAUUUUUUUCCCCCUGAGCCCCACCCCAGUGCCUAAAAAGCAAUAUUCAAAUAUAGCUGAACCCAUUUAUUGUCCUAGUUAGUCAUUUAGUUUGUAGCUCUUGGAAGUCUACAGAAAGCAAUAAAUCCCAUGUUUACUGCAAGGGGAAGAUAGUGCCAAAAACAAGAAACGUGCGCACCGCAGUUGUUUCUGUUAUUCAGUGUCUCUCCGGUCCAGCACCACUGCACUUUGAAAAACGAGAUUGUUUCCCUGAUUAGGAGAUCCGGGGAAAAAGCACUUUACCCACAUGAUAAACACUACAGUGUUGAAGCAUGAGCCUUACUGUGUCAGACGGGAGAGAACUGCUGUAAAACCAUGGCUGGUCGCUGAGAGAGCUGAAAAUAACAUGCUUCUUUUGGAAGGCUUCACCUGUAAUAAGUUGCCCAGUUUGAUCUUCGUAUGCAUGUAUCGGGCUAUUCCUU